UGUCAAGAUGGCGGACACAACAGAGGUAACAGAAUUUGAUACAAAACGUCAGAAAACUCGGCAUGGUUUUGAAAACGCGCGCGAUGACCAGGACGCCGCAGUUCUCGAGCAUCAGGUCGCUGCUGAGGCUCCUGAAAAAUGCCCCUCGGAGUUCCAGGUGCAGCGGACCCGCCUGGCCAGUGCCACUAACAAGAUGGCAAGCGCUGCCACCACCUUCUCUGCGUUGCUGACUAACGUCGAGAGUUUCUGUGGAUAUAUGAUUGGAAAGCUCCAAGACGACGAGGAGCGCUACAAGUUCCUGGCCAGGUACCGCAACUUCGUGGGCAUGUUCGAGGAGCGGGCCUUCACGCGGAUGCGGUUGCUGCCCAAGUACAAAGCAGCGCUAGCGGCCGGUGCCAAGCCCCUGAAGAAGAGGCGGGAGGCCCUGGAGCUAAUGUCGGAUCUGGCGAACGCCGAGAAGAAACAGAACGUGGAUGUUCGGGCGGAGACACUCACGCAGGGCAACCUGCUGAUGCGGGACGCGUGGAAUGAGAGCGUCGUGCUGAAGGGCCUUGCACUUGACGAGUACGCUGAGCUGCGCAUCUUCAAAUAUGACACCGACUCCCACCUCUACCAGUCUGUCAGCCCAGCGCAGGCGCUUGCUGAGCUGAAGACGUCGCUGCCGCUGCCGGACCCCUACGCCCGCUACAAGCCGUUGCUCGUUAAGCUGCUGGAGCUGUUGUCGGGGCCCUAGACGGGCGCAGCCCUGUAUUGUGUCCGUGGUUGCCGAGAUUCGCGGCAGCCAGCUGUCUCCUGCAGCCCGCCCGGCGCCCGCCCAGCCCAGCGGCGCAACUGUGGCGCUGUUUCUUAUCAGGCGGUCGCGAUGCUGUGGGCGGAAGCAUGAGACAUUCCACC